UUUGCCGCAGGGUGUCUAAGCCUGUAAUUAUCUCCAUCUCCUUGGCAUAUCACUUAAUACCCACUGUUGCAUUAUUGGAAAUCGAAUGAAGCGCUGUGUAUAACUACCAACUUUAUUCAAAUCAAUAGUGACAUCUUUGUUACGAUGUUACAUACAUCGUAACGUUUGUAGCUUGAAAGAUUUCAUCUUCUGAGCCGACAGGGAUGAGUCGUGCAACGUAAGAGUUGUAUUGCCUUGUUUGGCACAGUAAUCAAGCUCAGUCAUGUAAGAAUCACAGAAAUGUGGCUUUCUCUUCACGGUACUGCAUACGACCAUUGAUGUUCAUUAUUAUUUCAAACGACGCUCCUACUCCCAGAAUAUCCUGACCAUUAUCAGAACAGGGUCAAAAACCGUACACAAUCCUACGAGAUCAAUAAUAUUUUCUCAUACAUUAGCAUUUCGAAACUUGUCGCUUUCCGAAUGGAAAGCGUUCAAUUUGUCUUAACAUAACUCGUCUCCAAUGUCUUCACGCCACUCAAAAAGUGGGGAAAUCAGGAGUCUGAGGAGUGGUCGUGGUAGUCGCAGGCAGGAUGCAAGAGAACCUGCCGUUCUAGCAAAAGCAGGAGGAGGGCAUGAGCUUAAAGGCGGCUUUGAAGAAGGAGGAUUGGAAGAUACCAGGAAGAACUCGUUAAUAGCAGAAAAAGAAGCCGAGUUGACCCAAAUUUACGAGGGCCAUGAUUCUCUUGUGAGAGAAGCUUUUCAUAUGGAGCACUUCCGUAUGAUGCUCUCAUACAAUCCUGCUGAAGCAAAGCAAGACCAUUCAGCGGUAUUUCAGAAUUAUAAGUCGAACUAUGACCUUCUCGAAACAGCUAGUGCUUCCGCCCCAGGCCCAUCUAGGAGAACGAGACGUGCCCACACCGAAAGGAAGAAUCUUUUACUACCGGAGUCCUCUAGCUUCUCUCCUGCUGCGUCAAUAUCUGCUUUCAAUCGCAAAGGGAACGCAUUCGGCAAUAACGAUGCGUCGGAAUUACGUCCUGCGAACAAUAGCUCAUCAUUGAACGGAAAGACUCUAGAUUCUCCAUCGAGUCUAUCGAGUAGUAAAGUGAAAGGAAAAAGGAAAGCCAUAGAUGCAAUUCAGGGCGCAACAUCCUCGAGCUUAACCAGAUCGUCGAGAGGCAAGAGGAGGAAUAAAGAUGACGCAGAAUCUGAUAAUAGCAAUGCGUCGUCCAUGAUUGCUCCUCCUUCCGAAUCCACGUCUGUCAACGAAUUCGAUCCAAUUCGCAGUCCGCGCAGAAUCACCUUACGGGGAUCGCGGUUAACAACUGAAAUUCCGCCUCAAUUCUCCUUGUCUUCACCUACUGGAGGGUCGCGACAUCAUAGGGCAGAGUUAAACCAGUCUCCAUCAAAAUUCUCGAAUGUACUAUCUACAAAACGCAAGGUUGAUCUCACAGAUCAUGGGUCGCAUCCAGAAUCUACACCGCCAACUGAUUCGAUCACCUCUUUCCAAGCUUCGUUGCCACCCGUCAAACGAAUCAAGCUCAUCGUUCGCCGUCCGGCACCUCUUGUUUCUAGCCCACUUCAAAGACCAUUGCCUCCAAAAUACAACUAUUCUUUGUCUGACUUCCUUUCGAGUUACACGACAGACGGUUCAGAGGAAGUUCCUCCUGAUACUUUGGUUAAACGUGCUCGCACUCGGACGAAAUUCUUGGAACGUAUUCAGAAGCUACGAGAAGAAGGUCGUCUUCUGGAUGACCUCUCUGUUUUGGAACUGACACCCGCAGAAGCUGCAAACAAGCAACAAAAGUCCUCUGAUAUCUGGUGCCACUGUAUUGUAGACGCUGCAGCUUAUCUGGAGUCCAAAAGCGAGGAGCCUUCAGGAGUGGAAAUUGCCGGACAAAUAGCCAAGGCCAUUCAAAACUAUUGGGAUGUAAAGACAGUGAAACAAGAGAAGAUGAAAGCUCAGGAAGAGAAGCGGAUCAGAGCAUUAGCCAAGGCUACGAUCAAGUUGGUCGUUGCGGAGUGGAAAAAAGCUGUCUUCCAUCUCCGUGAGCAGGAGCGCCUUAAAUUAGUGGCGGAGGAAGUCCGGCGAGGGCGUGCACACUUGGAUGCAAUUUUAGACCAGUCAGGACAUAUCUUAGAAACUCAGCACGGUGAUUUAACGAGGCUAGAUCGUUCCCGUUCCCACAGUCGCGGUAGUAGCAUCUCGGAUUGGACUGAGAACGACAGUGAGGAUGAAGCGGAAGACGGAAAGGAGGAAAAAGACGAGAACAAGGAGACAGGCGACGACACUGUUAUCGGCGUGGAUGAGGAAGAAGGUAAUAAUCAACAAGGGGCAUCAGUCGUCUCUCAUGCUCAAUACGACUUUUCCAUUGAAGUAGAUCAAUCUACUCUCCCGGAUAUCGUGAUCGACAUGGAUUCCGUGGGAGGUCGGGAGGCGUCCAGUACCUCUGAUUAUCAUGGGACUUCCGACGAUCUUUCCCAUUCGUCUCUUCCGCUCUUGGGGACAUCCGAGCCCGUUACUAUUUUUGCAAAGCCUCUCAACCAGCCUUGGGAUUCCACAUCCCUUGAUACGCACGAAGUACUCCCUCCGAUCAAUGGUUCAACAUCAUUUCCUCCCCUUCACCUGGACCAGCCGUUGGACGGUGAUACGAGCAGUCCGAGCACUGCAGAUGUGGUCACUCCGCCGAACGAAUUCGAAGCAUCCAUCCCUAUCGUGGACUUGGCUUCACUUCAGGGGGGUGAAUUUAUGUCUGAAACCUUAGCCAUUAAGGCAAACUCGGGCGGAUUAGGUCUCAAAGAAUCUUUCACCUCCGUUGCAGUUGACUCCCUUGCCACAGUAGACCCCAACAAUUCGACUUCGGAGCCUUUGAACGGCGAUGGGGAGUCAAUGGAAUAUUCCUUCCUUCAAACUCAAUACCAGGAGGAUUCAGAUGAUCAGUCACAAGAGGCCCGAUUUCCUGCCUAUUUGACGCCUUACAUAGUAACGCACGUAGACUGGAAUCCGGAUAACAAAAUCGCACCACCUGUGUUGCUCAGAGGCGUGCUUCGGCCCUAUCAAUUCGCUGGCCUCGAAUGGCUCGCCAGCUUGCACUCAAACAAUCUUAAUGGAAUUCUCGCUGAUGAAAUGGGCUUGGGUAAAACCAUACAAACCAUUAGCUUGCUGGCUCAUCUCGCAUGCGAUAGAGGUAUAUGGGGCCCUCACCUCAUCAUUGUACCAACUAGCGUUCUACUGAACUGGGAAAUGGAGUUCAAGAAAUUUCUUCCUGGUUUCAGGAUCUUGUGUUAUCACGGAAGUACCAAGCGUAGGAAAGAACUUCGCCAGGGUUGGAAUGACAAGUAUCACUUCAAUGUUUGCAUCACCUCUUACACCCUCGCGAGCCGUGAUGCCCACAUCUUUAAACGGAAGAACUGGUACUAUAUGGUUUUAGAUGAAGCUCAUAUGAUCAAGAAUUUUAAAUCUCAGCGUUGGAAUACGUUGCUGCUGUUUCGCUCUUUCCGACGCCUACUCCUUACUGGUACACCCCUACAAAACAACCUAACGGAAUUGUGGGCCCUGUUGCAGUUCUUGAUGUCUGGUGCCAAGUUCGCUAAUCUGAAAGAGUUUGGCGAGUGGUUUUCAAAUCCACUGGAAAAAGCGAUCGAAAUGGGUAACGUUCAUGACGAUGAGACGAAGCAACGUGUAUCGAAGUUGCACACGGUUCUUCGUCCGUACCUUCUCCGUCGACUGAAGCGGGAUGUCGAGAAAGAAUUGCCGAACAAAUAUGAACACCUAGUGCUCUGCUCGCUGUCCAAACGCCAGCGGUUUCUAUACGAUGAGUUCAUGGCGAGGGCCCAUACGCGUGACGCACUUCGAUCUGGUGUCUACCAAAAGAUUGCCAACAUCCUCAUGCAACUGCGCAAAGUCUGCAAUCAUCCUGAUCUCUUCGAGGUUAGACCUAUUGUCACGUCUUUUGUGAUGGAUCGCUCUGCUGUUGCCGACUUCGAAAUCAAGGAGCUUUUGAUCCGGCGUCAAUUUCUGAAAAAUGAGAGUGAAGAACUUGAUUUUGAACUUCUCGGACUUUCCUUCCUCAACCUUCAGAAUACGUCGAUCGCCACAACGCUGAGCACCCAAGCUGAAGCUGCGGGUGCAAUCAUGAUGCGACUUUGCGAACAUCCUGGUCCCGCCCCCCCGAAAGACGUUAGGAGAAUCGAAAAAUUUCUACAGUAUGCAGAAUGGCGACGUCGCGCGAGCCUUGCAGCACGGUGGUCUCAUACGGCCUAUCUAAAUCGUCUGCGCUACUCUAGAUCGCCUAUAUACAGCUCCGAAACUAUUUCUCUCGUUCGCUCAAUGACAGCGGCCUUCGUGGAUACUGUGCUUCCUUCCCUGCACAAAGCCGUGUUAUCAUAUGAGGAGCGUUCAAACGAAAUGUCUGAUGUGAUCGAUAGGUUUGCCUUCAUCACAUCUAAUGUGGUCGCACGCGAUGUCGCUCGAUUCGCUCUUCCUGGUCUCGUUCCUCUGACCUUCGACGACGUUCUUCACAAAUCUGCUUAUGAUUGCGGGAAGCUGCAACGGCUCACUGCUCUACUUAGAGAGAAGAAGGCAGGUGGUCAUAGAAUACUGGAUAUCCUUGAGAUCUAUCUGAAUUUUCACGGUUAUCUCAUUGAAGACAGGCAGUACGUCACUGAACGUUCUCGAAGUGGGGGCGUAGGUAUCAACUUGACUGGAGCCGAUACCGUUAUAUUUUACGAUAGCGAUUUCAAUCCGCAGAUGGACCGCCAGUGUGAAGACAGAGCUCACCGUAUAGGUCAAAUCCGGGAUGUACAUAUUUACCGCUUUAUCUCCGAACACACCGUUGAAGAAGCCAUGCUACUAAAAGCCAAUCAGAAACGAUUCCUGGACGAUAUGGUGAUCCAGAAAGGAGAAUUCGACUGGAGAUCUAUUUUCAAAUUCGAUUCGGAAGACGAGGCUAAUAAUAUUGAGGUGGCUCGAGUACAACGUGGAAUUGAUAGUGGACUUUUGACAAAAGCACUGGGAGAAUUUGAAGAUAGCGAGGAUUCACUGGCUGCGAGAAUAGCAGAACGGGAGGAGGUGGAUAUGGAAGGUGCAGAUAAAGCAGAUUUUGGGUUGGGUGUUGUUGGGGGAGAUGAUCAAGAGGAUGCUCUUAAGGGUCGGUCAGGAACCAUGACCGUUGGGGAAGGGCACGAGGGAGACCAUGAAGAUGGAGAGGAGGAUGGCGGAACAACGGUGGAUUACAUGCUUGCUUUUAUUUCGCGUGACAGUGAAUUCUUCGCUGAGUGGCGGCUAUAA